AUUUGGAGACGGUCCCUAACUUGUUGUCACACUCCCCAUGUCUGAAAGGAUUUCUUUACUAUCUGGUGACCACACUGGUUCUCUUGAGAUUGAUAGUUUUUCCAUAGAAGUUCUGAUGGCGUCUGACACCAGCGGAGCGUCCUCCUCCUCAGACCUCAAGCUGCAGUUUGCACCCUUCAGCAGUGCUUUGGAGGCAGGUUUUUGGCACCAGCUCACCCAGAAGAAGCUCAAUGAUUAUAGACUGGAUGAGAGCCCCAAGUGUAUCAAAGGAUACUAUUACAAUGGUGACCCUGUUGGCUUGCCCACUCGUUUGACUUUGGAGUUCAGUGCAUUUGAUGUUGAUGGUCCGACUCCGGCUCGUUGUUGCCCAGCUCUUGGUACGCUGUAUAACACCAACACACUUGAUGCCUUUAGGGCCACGGAUAAGAAGGCCCUGCUGGAAAAAGAGGCCAAAGAGAUAUGGGAUGCCAUUCAGUCCGGGGCUGCCCUUAAGAACCCAUCUAUCCUCUGCAAAUUCAUUCUAUUGACCUUUGCGGACCUGAAGAAAUACCAUUUCUACUACUGGUUCUGUUUCCCAGCACUUUGUUUCCCUGAGGGUUUGAAAAUGAUCCAGCCACCUGUUACCCUAGAGCAAGUUUUCUCACAGAGACAGAUCUCAGCCCUGCAGGAAUCCUAUGAUGGCCUGUGUUUAAAAAGUGGCAUCACUGCUGUUCCUUUCUUCCUGAUGAAAUACACUGAGGACACUGUUGAAAUGGCUCUGCUUGAGGACUGGAAGAAAUUUUUCACUGAUACUAAGAAGGUCACCGUGGGCGUCUAUGAUCCUUGUACUUUGUCCCAACAUCCGGGUUGGCCUCUGAGAAAUCUCUUGGUCCUCUUGGCAAAGCAAUGGGGCUCUGAGAUGGAAGUGGUGGAACUGCUGUGUUUCAGAGACCAAACUCUGCAGGGAAACCGCUCCAUAAAACACAGCGUCGUGUUCCAGGUCAAGCUACCAGAGCUUCCCAACAACUCUGUGUGUCUUAAAAGUGUUGGAUGGGAGAAGAAUCCAAAGGGGGCAAUGGGACCACGAAUGGUAAACCUGAGUGAAUGCAUGGACCCUAAAAGACUUGCAGAGUCAUCAGUGGACCUGAAUCUUAAACUGAUGAGGUGGAGGCUGGUUCCGUCUUUGGAUUUGGACAAAGUUGUCAGCACAAAGUGUCUUCUUCUUGGUGCUGGUACACUGGGCUGCAAUGUGGCCAGGACUCUCAUGGGCUGGGGAGUGAGACACAUCACUUUUGUUGACAAUGCAAACAUCUCGUACUCCAAUCCAGUUCGACAACCGCUUUAUGAGUUUGAGGACUGCCUCGGAGGAGGAAAAUCAAAAGCUAUGGCAGCUGUUGACCGCCUCAACAAAAUUUUCCCGGGUGUGAAUGCAGAGGGCUACAAUAUGAGCAUCCCAAUGCCUGGACACCCUGUGAAUUUCUCUCAGGCCACUCUCUCUCAGGCCCAAAAAGAUGUGGAGCAGCUGGAGAAGCUCAUUUCCGAACAUGAUGUGGUGUUUUUACUCAUGGACACCAGGGAGAGCCGCUGGCUGCCCACUGUCAUAGCUGCCAGCAAGAGAAAGUCCACGAGGGAUCGGACCUUGGAUCAGCAGUGCACUGUCAGCAGACCAGGCCUUGCCAUGAUUGCUGGAGCCCUGGCUGUGGAGCUGAUGGUGUCCAUUCUCCAGCACAGUGAAGGGGGCUAUGCUGUGGCCAGCAGCAGUGACGACAGAAUGAACGAACCUCCAACCUCUCUCGGUCUUGUACCUCAUCAGAUCCGAGGAUUUCUGUCAAGGUUUGACAACGUCCUGCCUGCCAGCCUGGCCUUCGAUAAAUGCACUGCCUGCUCACCAGUUGUCCUGGACCACUAUGAGAGGGAAGGUUUCAGCUUUCUCUCCCAGGUUUUUAAUUCCUCCCACUCAUUUCUGGAAGACCUGACAGGACUGACUCUGCUGCACCAGGAGACACAGGCUGCAGAGAUUUGGGACAUGAGCGACGAUGAGAGCAUCUAAAGGGUUGCAGCAAAAAGAUUUCACUCCAAAAUACUCCUUCACACCAAACAUCGUGCUCUUUAUUUUGGGCAGAAGGCUCAUCAUCAGACCCGAGUGGUAAUACUAACAAAAAAUGGAACCAAACAGAGCUUGAAUUUGUUCUAAUGUCUACAACAAUGUAUGUUUGCAUCAUUUAAUUUUUUUCAAAGUCUUAAAAUGCCAUAAGGCCAUCACCCUAAUAUACAGGCUUCAUCUGUCAGUAAGGUUUAACAUGUUUAUUCAGCUUGAAAAAAGUUUCAGGUGUAAAAAAAAAAAGUAAUAGAAAAAAAAAGAGAAAAGUUCAGAGGACUCAGCAGAUCAUUUAUCCGUUUUCCUGCUUAGAGACCCAAACAUAAACAGAAAUGCUGAUACUAAAACCAGCUUUCAGAUCACGCCUUUGGGGAAUCCUGCAUACAGAUGUUUCUGUGCAGCUGGAUUGCAGAGCGAACCAAAUCAAGGAGUACCUGAGGUCCAGAUUUACUGGAUUGUUUAUUCUUUACUUUGCACUGUUGUUUCUGUAAACUUGUGUGAGUGUUAAGACAUGUAAACUUUUAUCCGGUUAUUUCUGUGAAAAAAAAAAAACUCUUAAACAAAAUGAACCCAGACGUGUAUAUUAAAUUCUUUUGGAACACAAACAUUUCCAUAAGUUAUUCCCUGUUUUUGUCCAGCUUAGUAAAUUAACUUCUGUUAAACAUUUAACUAAAAUCUGUAAUAAAAUGUUUCCUUACAGUUAAACAUCAAAGAAUGUUAAAUUAGUGUGU